GUUGUAUUUAAUAUGGUUAACAGCUUUGGUUAUGUAAUUUUUGGUUCGGUAUCACACCGAUAAAUGUAUAAUAAUGUCAAAAACCAAAGUCGACAAGAAUUAAAAAGGCAAGGCUUUUAUUUGUGGACGUGGCUUACCUAAAACUUUAUUGAAGAGGAUGAACUACUCUAUAAGAGAAUAUUUCAGGAGGGAUUUCAAAGCUUCAAACUAACUUAGGCUACGUUUCUCUCAAAAUCUGCAUGAAGAAAAGUUUGUGUGAAUAUAUAUGUUUUAACAAGAGGCACAAAAUGGAUAAUGCUAUGCAAGUAUUCUUUGAAGCAAUUCGAAAAGGUCAAACAGACAUUGUCCAUGACUGUUUGCGGAACAAUGAUGAUCUGCUUUCCGCUGUUGAUGCAGAAGGUUUGACUCCUUUUCAACUAGCUUUCUUACAUGAUAAUGCUGAAAUAUUGGAUUUACUACUAUCCAAAGCUGCACCAAAAACUUCUUGGCAAACCCCUCUUCAUACAGCUCUAGAAAAUAACAAUCCCCAACAAUUAGAAUUUUUCUUGGCCUUAUCUCCUUCAGUUAUUAACGUACAAGAUUUAAAUGGUAACUCUCCCUUACACAUUGCCGUUAUGAAAAACAAUUGUAAAGCAUUAGAAGAACUUAUCCGUAAAGGAGCGAUCAUUGACUUACCUAACAGUCAAGGCCAGACUGCCUUACACCUUGCAGUGGAAGAGGGAUGCGUCCCUGUGAUUGAUGAACUUUUGCGUCUCGGAGCCAAUAUAAAUAUAAAUAACAAAGAAGGAAAAUCACCUUUACAUAUAGCAGUUUCUAAAAAAGUUCUUUCCGUUGUUGCCAAACUUGUACAGUCAGGGGCAGAUUUAGAAGCAAGAGACAACCUUGGGAACACUCUCAUGCACUACUCAGUAGUCUGUGGGUCGUUAGAAGUCUCAAAAUAUCUUCAUCGUGCAGGUUCUCUGGCCAGCACCAACUACAGACAACAAACUCUCAUGCAUUUCGUGUUGGAAAAACUUGAAUAUCAAAAUUGUUUGGACAUUAUCCAUUGGCUCUUCUUAAUUGAUGUUGACAUAACAGCGCAAGACGACAGAGGAGAAACUGUCUUUCACUAUGUGUCCAGGAAAGGUAACGUUAAAUACCUAAGGUGUCUGAGGUGUUUAAGAAAUGAUGUAAUUGAGUUUGAAAAACUAAUGAAGGUACAAAAUGCAGAAGGGAAGACUGCUCUUCAUUUGGCUGCAGAGUACAACUGGCCCUUGUUUAACUGGAUUUUGAGAGACAUAUCUGACUUGGAUAUAAAAGAUUUCAAAGGUGUCACUCCAUUUGAACUUUUCACUGCAGAAUAUGAUAGACUUUUUAGUGACAUGCCUUUGGUACACUAUUGUAUUAACUUUCGAUUGUUUCAAAUUUUAAAACUGGUUCUGGAUAAAAAAAAAGACAUUGAAAGGAAAUUUAAAGGUGAAACUCCACUAAUUGUUGCUGUAAAAUUGGAAAAAAUCAACGCAGUUGAUCUGCUUAUCAGUAAAGGAGCCGAUCUUAAUGCUCAAAACAAUAAAGGCCAAACUGCCCUUCAUGUUGCUGUAAAAAAAUCGUUACGAUUAGUUUUAAAAUUGGUUUGCAAAGGAGCUGAUGUCAAUAUUAAAUCCCAUCACGGCAAGACACCACUCGAUAAAGUUUUAAAACAGAAUAGGGUCGAUAUUGGUAUUUUAUCAUGUUUACUCAAUUUCGGAGCUUUAUUAGAUGAAUUUGGAUCUACCGGCGGAACUUCAUUGGAUUAUAUUUCGCCCAACACAAGAAGAAAUCAGUUAAUCAUGAAUUUAUUAAACAAACAUUUAAUAAAGCUUAAGGCUGUUGAUAUGCUGAAUAGACCAGUCGACAUUCGAUAUGAAGGAUUCGAGGAGUUUAACCAGAGGUGUCUCGAAGAAAUAAAAUGGAUGAAAAUCGAAAGAUACAAGGGAAAUUCACUGUACGAUGUGUUUUCAAAGUUAAGAAACCCUCUUUACGUUUGUAAUGAUCAACUGGAAACCAAAAUAAACUCAUUUAAAAAUUGUGACUAUGAUAACUUGCCAAUUUAUGGUCCUCUUUUGUAUCAGACAUACUUGGUAGCCAAGGAGCGUUUCACACUUCUUAAGGAUGCUCAGUGCUUUUUUAGGCUGUCGAAAUACUUUUCCAAUGCUUUAAAACUACCUAAUGAAUUAGAGAGGAUGAUAUUGACUUACCUAAGUAACGACGAUCUAAAAGUUUUGAUUGAAGCUUGCCAAUCUUCCUCCAAAGCUAGAAAACAGGCCCAAGUCCAGGCAGAGUUGGAAGAAAAAAAUUCCCCCCAUAUGUAGGUGGAGAGGGGCACAAUCUCUCCACAUAGUGCAACUCUUUGAGUUCUAAAGGUUGAUUUAUCUGACGCAAAAUUAACCUAUUCUAUUGACUUCCACUUCACUACCUAUGGGAAUAACUCAACAAGAAUAGUUGAAAUAUUUACCUGACGUGCUGAGACCUGUCUGUUGAGUUCAGACCCAUUACAUUUGGGCUUCUAUUGGACCAUUGUUGUCAGUGCAGAAACCGUUAGUUUUAAUCAAUAGCCAAGCUGCUGUUAAAAAAUGUUGCUGUAAAAAAAUCUUUAUGAUUAGUUUUAAAAUUGGUUUGCAAGGGAGCUGAUCUCAAUAUUAAAUCCCAUCACGGCAAGACACCAUUCGAUAAAGUUUUAAAACAGAAUAUUGGUAUUUUAUCAUGUUUACUCAAUUUUUGAGCUUUAAUAUAUGUA